AUGUCUCGCCAACGCCCGAUACAAUCAGGUCCCGACAUUGACUCGGCCUCUGAUGAUGAUCUUGAUCUCGACGAACUCGAUCCCGUUGUUGCACCUCUGAACGGGAGUGUUGCAAGUAUAGGAAGCGGUCCAAGACUGCGGCUGCAGGGCAAGACAGGGAAUAUUCCAUUGCAGAGACUACAAAAGUACGGAGGCAGCUUAUGGAGAUCAAGAAGCAGGCAACAAGACGAAUAUGCUGUGGAGGAGGAUACCGAACGGUUACUCCAUGGCUGGCCUGGGCAAUCGCGAAGUAAUGGCCACCUCAGAAGGUGGUCUGAAGAACAAACUGGCUGGAAUGUUAGGAACAAGAAACGACAGAACAGCAAUGGACAAGGCGGCGCUGGGCAGAUGCGAGAAACGCCCUCGCGACGCCCGAGUCAGAGCAUGCAGUUUCAGCAAUUCGUCCGAGAAGAGCUUGCUGAUAUGCGGGAGGAACACGACGCAGACAACGUCGAGUCUCGCGAGAUUCAAGUCGGCAAACCUCAGAAGAAGCGAUUCCCCACCAACGUUGUCUCGAAUGCCAAAUAUACCGCCUGGUCUUUCCUUCCACGAACACUGUACAACGAAUUUUCUUUCUUCCUGAACAUAUAUUUUCUGUUGGUCGCACUGUCGCAAAUUAUACCCUUUCUGCGAAUCGGUUAUAUGUCAACUUAUAUUGUUCCAUUAGCAUGUGUACUUACCAUCACGAUUGGGAAAGAGGCCAUAGACGACAUUGCACGAAGACGACGAGACGCCGAAGCGAAUGCAGAGCCUUUUACGGUUCUUUCAUUUCCAGAUGCCUCCCGCCCGCGACAAAACGGCGUCGUCGAAGUUCAGAAGCGAUCUCGGGAUAUCAAAGUCGGUGAUGUGUUAAAGUUGGAAAAGAACCAAAGAGCACCUGCAGAUGUGGUCAUCUUACAAAGCCAUCUCAACGAAUCCCUUAGUGGAUUGACCGCUGACGAAACGGGGGAUGCAGCCGGUGCUGCUUCCGCCGUCGACACAGGAGAGACCUUCAUACGAACAGACCAGCUCGACGGCGAGACGGAUUGGAAACUUCGACUUCCGAGUCCUCUGAGUCAGACCCUCAAGUUAUCGGAAUUACAGCGUCUACAAAUCAUAGCGGGAGCCCCAGACAAAAGAGUGAAUGACUUUGUCGGAACUCUGGAGCUUCGGCCGAGCCAUGGUUCUGCCUAUGAUCCCCAUCCUGGCAGAGGGGAUCGAAGCCUGGACAGCAUUGGCGAAGCUGCAUUAGGUGGCCACUCGAACAGCAAUCCCACCUCAGCUCCGCUAACGAUCGAGAACACCGCUUGGGCAAACACCGUCCUUGCCUCCAGUACCGUCACAUAUUGCGCAGUAAUAUACACAGGCCCACAGACUCGCUCCGCCCUAUCUACCUCUCCUUCAAGGUCCAAAACAGGACUUUUGGAACUAGAGAUCAACAAUCUCACCAAGAUCUUGUGUAUCAUGACCCUCACACUCUCCAUCAUCCUAGUUGCGCUCGAAGGAUUCGAGCCCUCUAACCGAAAGCCGUGGUAUGUCGCGAUAAUGAUCUAUCUCAUCCUCUUCUCAACCAUUAUCCCGAUCAGUCUACGCGUCAACCUUGACAUGGGCAAAACAGCGUAUGCGCGGUUCAUUGAGCGCGACAAAGGAAUCCCUGGCACUGUUGUGCGGACGAGUACUAUUCCCGAAGAUCUCGGUCGAAUCGAAUAUCUGCUCUCCGACAAGACUGGUACGCUCACGCAGAAUGAAAUGCAGUUGAGGAAAAUCCAUGUUGGCACUGUUGCCUACUCUGGUGAGGCUAUGGAAGAGGUCGCUGCUUAUGUUGAUCAAACCUUCUCUUCGAGUCAAGACGCCGAUACGCGAGGAACGAGCACCACCAAGACUCGCCGCGAGAUCGGCAUUCGUGUUCGUGAUCUCAUUCUAGCCCUUGCCUUGUGUCACAACGUCACACCCACCACAGACGAAGUGGACGGAGAAAAGGUCAUCUCAUAUCAGGCGUCUAGCCCCGACGAGAUUGCCAUUGUCGAAUUCACAGAAUCCGUGGGUCUUCGACUCCUACAUCGGGACCGUGAAACAAUCGUCCUUCAGUCCACCACAACGAACCAGGUUGUUGUACGUGCCGAAAUCAAAGACAUCUUCCCCUUCACAUCCGAGAGCAAGCGCAUGGGUAUCAUUGUACAGCUGACUUCCGACGUGCUCGGACUCACAGCAGCUGACAAUGAGCUCUGGUUCUUUCAAAAGGGCGCGGAUACUGUCAUGACCUCGAUAGUUGCUGCGAACGACUGGCUCGACGAAGAGACGGCGAACAUGGCUCGAGAGGGCCUCCGAACCCUCGUGGUCGGCCGUAAACGUCUCUCCCCUGCUCAGUACUCUGACUUCAGCAUGGCAUACACAGAUGCCAGUCUGGCCCUACAGGAGCGCGACGCUGGCGUGGCAGCUGUGGUCAAGGCGCACCUUGAACAUGACUUGGAACUUCUCGGCGUGACGGGUGUGGAGGAUCGCCUUCAAAAGGAUGUGAAGCCGUCUCUUGAGCUCCUUCGGAAUGCCGGCGUAAAGAUCUGGAUGUUGACUGGUGACAAAAUCGAAACGGCACGCUGCGUGGCCGUGUCGGCGCGCCUCGUUGCUCGUGGGCAGCAUAUCCAGACCAUGGCCCGCUUUAAGACGAAACAACAAGCCAAAGACGCUCUAGACCUUCUACGCAAUCAAACCGAAUCAUGCCUUCUCAUCGACGGCGAGAGUCUUUCUCUCAUGCUGUCUCAGUACCGCACCGACUUCAUCACAGUCGCGGUUCAGCUUCCCGCUGUGAUUGCCUGCCGCUGCUCGCCAACCCAAAAAGCGGACGUGGCACAACUCAUCCGCAAAUAUACACGGAAGCGUGUCUGCUGCAUUGGCGACGGUGGCAAUGACGUGUCCAUGAUCCAGGCCGCGGACGUCGGUAUCGGGAUCGUCGGCAAAGAAGGCCGCCAGGCCAGUCUCGCAGCCGAUUUCAGUAUUACUCAGUUCUGCCAUCUGACCAAGCUUCUCGUCUGGCAUGGACGGAACAGUUACAAGCGCAGUGCGAAACUGGCGCAGUUCAUCAUUCACCGAGGGCUGAUUAUCAGCGUGUGUCAGACUAUGUACAACAUUGCGGGGCAUUUCGAUCCUAAGGGCCUGUUUAAGGAUUGGUUGCUCGUGGGCUAUGCGACGGUAUACACCAGUGCACCUGUCUUUUCACUCGUGUUGGACCGAGACGUCGAUGAGCAGCUUGCAAAUCUAUACCCAGAACUGUACAAGGAGCUCAAAUCAGGCAAGAGCCUUAGUUACCAGACCUUCUUCAUGUGGGUUCUGGUGUCGGUGUACCAGGGUAUCAUCAUCCAGGGUCUUACACAACUGAUUGUGGGCGAGGUUGACGGCCCGAGGAUGCUCAGUGUCAGUUUUACGGUUCUUGUGUUGAAUGAGCUGAUCAUGGUGGCGGUUUCCGUCACCACCUGGCACCCAGUCAUGAUCAUCAGCAUUCUGGGUACGGCUACUAUCUAUGCGGCGAGCGUGCCGUUCCUUGGCGGAUAUUUCGAUCUGGAGUAUGUUGCUAGCUGGAGUUGGGUGUGGAGGGUUCUAGCGGUGGGAGCCAUCAGUCUGGUUCCUGUCUGGGGUGGCAAGGCCAUCCGACGUAUGUGGAAGCCACCGAAUUAUCGUAAGGUGCAAGGAAUAUAG